AUGGCAGGAGUGAGCCGAGGAGCAGGGAUGGCUUUGGCGUUUUGGGACGGCUGUAAUGGCUUGGGAUUUAUUUGUAUCUUUCUUGUGGAUCUACUGGGAAUAGCUGCAGGUAACAUGGAGCCUAUUUACUGGAAUACGUUGAACAAGAGGUUCCAGGAUGACAGGGGGUAUGUGUUGUACCCCCAGAUAGGGGAUCGUCUGGACCUGAUCUGCCCAGCCUCCAACCCCCCAGGCCCCCGCUCCCCCAGUGAGUAUGAGUACUACAAGCUGUACCUGGUGUCCAUGCGCGAGCAGGCCGACCGCUGUGAGGUGAUGGGCGCGCCAAACCUGCUGCUCACCUGUGACAAGCCCAACAGUGACAUGCGCUUCACCAUCAAGUUCCAGGAGUUCUCCCCCAACCUGUGGGGACACGAGUUCAAGACCCUGACGGACUACUACAUCAUAGCUACCUCUGAUGGGACGAGGCAGGGGCUGGACAGCACGAGAGGAGGAGUGUGUGUGACACGAGGGAUGAAGGUGAUUCUCAAAGUGGGACAGACUGCAUAUGGCCUCCCACCCAAACCCAAACCAGACUCAAACCUCAUUGAUUCUAACCCCUCUUCCCUAACAGGGAACGGUACCACGCCCAAGGCUGGUGGAGAGGGUGAGGGGAACAACCCUUUACCUUCCUCUAACGUGGCGGUGAUCACUGGAGCGGCAGGGGGCGGAGCCUUCCUCCUCAUCGUGACGUCUGUCAUCUGUGUGGUGUGUUACCGCUGGCGACAGAACAAGCACUCUGAGACCCAUCACCCCACCCUGACCCUGGCCACCCUAACCCCCAAGAGGGGCAGCAACAACGGGGCCGGCUCCUCCGCCGGAGGAAACAACGGCUCGGAGCCCAGUGACAUCAUCAUCCCGCUGCGGACUUCAGACCAGGCUUACUGCCCGCACUACGAGAAGGUGAGCGGGGACUACGGUCACCCCGUCUACAUCGUCCAGGAGAUGCCCCCCCAGAGCCCAGCCAACAUCUACUACAAAGUAUGA